CUAGGGGGUUUGUCCGGGAGAGCAUGGCCGCAGGAGUCGGAGCGCUGCACACUUUGGGUCCGCUUCCUCCACAGUGAUAACACCGCUCUCUCGUGCGCUCUCGGUGAUGCUGCGGAACAUUUAUCCGGAGCUUGUGUGCGUGUGAGUGUGUGAGUGUGUGUGUGUGUUUACAGGAAAGGGUUUGAUUUACUGCGUGCGCUGUUGCUUGGCAGGGCAGAAGCGCUCGUGCUGCUAAGGGUUCAGCCGGAGCCGGAGCUGCUGCUUGGAGUCUUCUUUCUCCUUCUUAGUUCCCAGCGAUCAGGAGAGGACAGACCCUGGAAGCUGGAGAGCGCGACGGCACAAGGACUGCGUCCCUGCUCUCUUUAUCUGUGCAUUGUGGGAUAUUAUUUCUCUGGUUUUAAUUAGACAGCCUGUUUUUUUCCGCUGCGGGAAAUCCAAGGCGAGUUGGAGAAAGUGCUCGCUGCGCCGCGCGGAGUUGAGCCGGAGGAAGAUUGUUCAGGCAGACAUAUUGUGGAUUUCCAGCGACUAAAUCCACUACUUGAAGUAUCCUAGAAGUCUUUUUGUUAUUUGCUAUAAAGACGCUGACCUGACUGAGAAACCGCAGACUGGUCCAGAAACGGAAGAGAGAUAUUUAGGCUUGUAUGUCUUAGUUCUUAAACACCCAGGAGGGAGCUUCUACAUCUAUGCGGGAAUAAACCGUGUCAAGUGGACAUUACAUCUAACACCUCCAGCUGAAUCGUUAAAAAAAAGCCCAACCAGAGGAGAGCCAGAGAGACAGAGAAGGGGCUGGAAUCAACCUUGGCUUCCCCGGAGUUCCAGAGCCAAAAUGCCGCAGGUGGAAAUGAUCCUCCUCUUGCUCACACUCAUCUUUGCGAUGUGUGUGUACGGCCAGGACCCGGCUUCCAAGGUGGUGACGGACCGCUACGCCGUGUACUGGAACCGCACCAACCCCAAGUUUUACCGCGGUGAUUACCACAUCGACGUCUGCAUCAACGACUACCUUGACGUCUACUGUCCGCACUACGUCGGCCCGGUGUCCGACGAGCGGGCCGAGCGCUACGUCCUCUACAUGGUGAACUACGACGGCUACAGCUCCUGCGACCACACCGCCAAGGGCUUCAAACGCUGGGAGUGCAACCGGCCUCUGUCGCCCAACGGGCCGCUGAAGUUCUCCGAGAAGUUCCAGCUCUUCACGCCCUUCUCCUUAGGCUUUGAGUUUCGCCCUGGCAGAGAGUAUUAUUACAUCUCCUCCAUCACUGACGACAAGGGAAGACGAAGCUGCCUUCGACUCAAGGUCUUCGUCAGGCCUCAGAACAAUUGUGUGAAAGCCCCCGGGACCGUGCAGGAAGGGGUCGAUUUCGAAGACAACAAUCACAACUCUCUAGAACCCCGAGACGGCAUCGGUCACGAGUCGCCAGAGCCGGCGAGAAGAGACGUGAACUCCGUUGGUCGGCGCCAGACUUCCGUCCUGCUGCUCAGCUCCGCCCUCAUACUCCUGGCUGCCAUUUUGUCCUUAUAGCGCCGAGUCUGAGGACUCCCCCAGGAAUGGACUGUCCUGAUUGGACCACAGGUCACCCUACCCUGCAACCCCUCCCCUCAAGGAGCACUUUUAAAAAAAAAAAAAAAAAUUGAAGAAAAAAAAAAGAAGAAGAAGAAAAACACUGACAUCUCUCUAGGUGAAACGAGAGAAGAAGGGACUUCGACGCUGAAGCCUUUUGUUGUUUUUUGACUUGCCAACACUGAGUGGUUCUUGACUUUCUGGUGGGUGCUGAUGGACAAGGCACCCCGAGGUGAAGGAGGCCUAGUCUCUUAAUUUGCCGCCUCGCUGCCGUCCACAGUAUGCAGAUUUUCUUUGUGUUAAAAACAAGCACACAUCCUGCUUACAGACAUAUAUAUACACACACACACACACACAGAACAGAAAUGACACAAUCAGGACACUCUUUAGCGUGAAGGGUAAAGAAGCACAGCAGGAUCCCGCAACCGUUUACAGACUUUUACCAUUGUAUUUGUGUUCAGGAACACGUCACCUAACCCCUCGACAUAUAACAUGAUUAAAUCUCACAUCAAAGUGGAAGAGGUUUCGAAGAAGAUCCGGGAGCGAAGCAUCUGGCACAGGCCAACGGAAAGGAAAAGGAUGUUGUUGCUAGGAGACUGGUGCCAAAGGCGUGGGGGGUACGGGGUGGGCCUUUGAUAACUUAACCUUCCUCUCAGGUUGAAAAGGUGCCGGAUGGCAGACUGCGGAGGACCCCUGUUGAGAGUGGAAACUCAUCUUUUAGUGUUCAGAUAGAGCCGAUUUAUGAUUGGCUAAUGUGUUUUUUUUAACAAUCACCUAAUUCAAUUGUAGCAGCCAUCACGGGUGUAUAGUAAAAUAUUCGAACGGAGCGUAGAAGCGGAUAUGGUAUUUUGCCAAGCAAAAUGUAUUUUCCUAUUUAUUGUGAAGUCCUCGUGCUUUCUUUCUGUUCUGGUUUUAGUCUGCAAGUACAAACACUAGUAAAGGCAAUAAAAACUACACUUACCCCUUAAGUUAGUUUGCAUAUUACACCGUUUUUUGAUACAAUCAUACAAAAAACAUUGAGUACAGUUUAUCAAUCUGUUUGCCGAUGAUGGUCUUUUAAUUGUUUUUAACAAAGUCGAGGAAGACGAAGAAAAAAAAAAGUCUGAUGUGCUAUCAGGGUGUAGAAAUCGUAGAAUGUUUGUGUUUGGAUUUUGUCAUUAAAAAUGUCACAAAUGUA